GGCGGCUCCGCCGGGCCGGGGCUGCCGCGGGGGAGCGGGCGCAGGGCAGAGCCCGACAGAGCAGCGAGGGCGGCAGGGCGGGCACCGCGGCCGCGGAGGGUCGGCGAGGGCCGCCUGCAGGUGUGAAGCAGCUGGGUGCGGAAGUUCUGCAUGGUUUUAAUUUUUGCUUGGGAUUGUACUGAUCUGGAAAUUUUUGUAUCAAGACCUUGAGAAUAAAAUACACAUGGCACAGAUUGUAACAUUUUUUCAGAUGCUGUUAGUUCUGCUACUUCAUGAUUAUAUGUCAGCUGAAGAUGGCGAAACAAGAGCAAGUUGCAGAACUGCUCCAGCAGAUUUAGUUUUUAUCUUGGAUGGCUCUUACAGUGUUGGCCCAGAAAACUUUGAAAUAAUCAAAAGUUGGCUUGUCAAUAUUACGAGAAACUUUGACAUAGGGCCCAAGUUUAUUCAAGUUGGAGUUGUCCAGUACAGUGAUUACCCUGUACUUGAAAUUCCCCUUGGAACUCAUGACUCCUCUGAGAACCUCAUCAGGGAAAUGGAGUCCAUACACUAUCUGGGAGGAAAUACAAGAACAGGAAGAGCUAUUCAGUUUGCCUUUGACCAUCUUUUUGCAAAAUCUUCACGAUUUUUAACAAAAAUAGCAGUUGUUCUCACUGAUGGAAAGUCCCAAGAUGAGGUCAAAGAUGUAGCAGCAGAAGCAAGGAAAAAUAAGAUCACUUUGUUUGCAAUUGGUGUUGGCUCUGAAAUUGAGGAGGAUGAACUUAAAGCUAUUGCCAAUAAACCUUCAUCAACAUACGUAUUUUAUGUUGAAGACUAUAUUGCAAUAUCAAGAAUUAAAGAAGUUAUAAAACAGAAACUCUGUGAAGAAUCUGUUUGUCCGACAAGAAUUCCAGUGGCAGCUCGAGAUGAAAAAGGAUUUGACAUUCUUGUAGGAUUAGGUGUGAAAAAAAAAGUUAAAAAGAGAAUUCAAAUAUCAACCACUAAUGCAAAAGCUUAUGAAGUAACCUCACGUGUUGACCUUUCAGAAUUAACCAGGAAUGUGUUUCCAGAAGGUCUCCCUCCAUCCUAUGUGUUUGUUUCCACUCAAAGAUUUAAAGUCAAAAAGACAUGGGAUUUGUGGAGAAUCCUGAGUCUAGAUAAGAGACCACAGAUAGCAGUUACUGUUAAUGGAGAAGAGAAAACAUUAUCAUUCACUACAACAAGUUUAAUAAAUGGCACACAAGUUAUUACAUUUGCUGCACCUCAUGUAAAGACAUUGUUUGAUGAAGCCUGGCAUCAAAUUCGUCUCUUAGUAACAGAAGACUUUGUAACUUUAUAUAUAGAUGGCCAAGAGAUUGAAACAAAGCCAUUACAUCCUGUUUUAGGUAUUUACAUCAGUGGCCUAACCCAAAUAGGAAAGUAUUCUGGAAAGGAGGAAACGGUACAGUUUGAUAUACAAAAACUGCGAAUCUACUGUGACCCAGAGCAAAAUAAUCGAGAAACAGUCUGUGAGAUCCCAGGAUUUAAUGGAGAGUGCAUGAAUGGUCCCAGUGAUGUAGGCUCAACACCUGCCCCCUGCAUAUGCCCACCAGGAAAGCAAGGACCUCCAGGCCCCAAAGGUGACCCUGGGCAGCCUGGGAAUCAUGGUUAUCCUGGUCUGCCUGGUCCAGAUGGUAAGCCUGGAUACCAGGGAUCAGCAGGAACUCCAGGUGUCCCAGGAACUCCAGGGAUUCAAGGACCUCGUGGCUUGCCAGGUGUCAAGGGAGAACCAGGAAAAGAUGGGGCAAAGGGUGACAGUGGAUUACCCGGUUUUCCUGGAUUACAUGGGAUGCCAGCACCAAAGGGAGAAAGAGGUCCUAAAGGAGAUCAAGGAGUGCCAGGAAUAUAUGGAAAAAAGGGUUCAAAAGGAGAGAAGGGUGAUACAGGGUUUCCAGGAGUCCCUGGGCGAUCUGGAGACCCUGGCAGAAAUGGGAAAGAUGGAUUACCGGGCAGUCCUGGCUUCAAGGGAGAAGUUGGGCAGCCUGGAUCUCCAGGCCUAGAAGGACAUCGAGGAGAGCCUGGAAUCCCUGGAAUUCCUGGAAAUCAAGGAGCAAAAGGACAAAAGGGUGAGAUUGGACCGCCAGGUCAACCAGGAGCAAAAGGGUCACCAGGAGAUACUGGUUUGAUGGGACCAGAAGGUUCACUUGGUCUGCCUGGAGCUCCUGGGCCUAAGGGUGAUAAAGGCGAACCAGGAAUACAGGGGAAACCAGGAUCAUCAGGAGCCAAGGGAGAUCUAGGCGUACCAGGGGCUCCAGGUGAACCAGGCUACCCAGGCAUUCCUGGUACCCAGGGAUUAAAGGGGGAGAAAGGAAACCAAGGUGACACUGGUAUCCAGGGACUGAAAGGAGAAAAAGGAAGACAAGGAAAUCCAGGUUUACAGGGAGUAGAAGGAUUGAGUGGAGAACGAGGAGAGAAAGGUGAGAAAGGAGAUCCAGGCAUUCAAGGCAUCGGUGGACAAAAAGGAGAAUCUGGUGCCCAGGGUGUGAUUGGACCUCCUGGUCUCAGAGGUCAGCCAGGAGACAGAGGACCCCCAGGACCACCUGGAUCAGAUGGAAAACCUGCACGAGAAUUUUCAGAAGAGUUUAUUCGACAGGUGUGUUCAGACGUACUGAGAACCCAGUUGCCUGCCAUCCUCCAGAGUGGAAGACUCCAAAACUGUAACCAUUGUCAGUCCCAAAGUGCUCCCCCAGGACUUCCAGGACCACCAGGUCCCAGAGGCCCCGAAGGCCCACGAGGGUUUCCUGGUUUACCAGGGAGUGAUGGCAUUCCGGGGCUGAUGGGCAUGCCAGGCCGCCCUGGGGCUCGUGGGACAAGAGGACUGCCAGGGAAGAAUGGUGCAAAAGGCAGUCAAGGAAUUGGCGUUCCUGGGAUCCAAGGCCCCCCAGGGCCUCCAGGUCCUGAGGGUCCACCAGGCAUGAGUAAGGAAGGACGUCCUGGAGAGCGUGGGCAGCCUGGUAAAGACGGAGAUCGUGGCACUCCAGGAAUGCCAGGACCAGUUGGACCCCCCGGAAUUUGUGACCCAUCACUGUGUUUUAGUGUCAUUGUGGGGAGAGAUCCAUUUAGAAAAGGACCAAAUUAUUAAUUUGUGAUAUGAAAAUUUAGAGGAAUAGUUAUGGUGCUUAUCUUUCGUGGUUGUUCAAAUCUCAGGAAGGUGACCAGCAGUAAUCCCACAAGAAGGGCAAAAGUACCUCUGACAUUAAAUGCAUUAAAAUAAUGGUCUCAAAGGUUAUACAUUGCUUUAGACAAAAAAUUUCAAAACUCCAGUCACUUUUUUUUUAUACCUUGCACUGGUUGAAUCUCAAGUGUUUUUAAAGAGAUUAUCAGUUUUAAUAGAAAUAAAACUAACUAUAAUAUUUGGUAUUUAGUAUUUAAGUGUCCUAUCAUUCUCCUUUUACCUCUUUUUACCAGAGAAAGUCCUUUGCAAAAUUGCUGGAAACACCACUGGGAGCAGGAUUAGGUCUUAAAUGGCAUUGGUCAGGUAUAAAUAACUGUGAAAUUUUUCACAUGCAGCCAACAUAGACAGUAUUUGAUUUUGAAAGAAUAUGGCUGGCUUUGACUUCAUAUGUGUGCAAAUUUCAUUGCCUUACGUACAUUUCAUAUGUCAUUGCUCCAGAUGUGAGUGAAAGCAUGUUAUCAGAUUUUUAUGAAUUAAGACAGAUACUUUGACUCAUCAUAGAAGAAAUGUCACCUAUUUUCCCAUGAAGCUCUGCUUAAAACUGAGGUGAAAUGCAAGCAUAGAACUACCAGUUCAAGGGCCAAGGUUUUAUUGAAGAUGGUACUGUCAAUUACUGAAUGUCACAAGUUUCUAUGCGGGUGAUUCAACUCAUAUGAAAAUAGCAUUAAAAAUAAAAAAGAGCAAAAAACUGAUUUUAGCUAUGAUUUGAUAAAAUUAAAAGAUUUAAAAAUGUUUGCACAACCCCAAUGUAGCAGUUCUGUGUAAUGAAGUAUCAAGUUGUAUACUCUUUGCUGUUUCUGCUCAAGGACUGCUUGCCAAAUUGAAGAAGCAGGUUUACAAGGAGAAAGGCCUAACUGGUGUCUGACCAGGUGCAAUGUUUGUUAUGCUGUUUUCCUUUUGCAUUUUAAGCCAGCUGUGUGUAAUUUUCAUUGUAUGCUUUGCUAAUGAAGUGUACUGCUUGCUUUUGCAUAAAGAGCAAAAGCCCAGUUCCCAUGAGAAUUUAAAAUCCAUUUCUUAAAUUAAGGCAGAGUCCAGUAUUAAGUUAACCUAUGCUUCAUAAGUCACUUUUUCUAAUGUGUUGUUUUUCUGUUGUCCUACUAUCAGAGAUUGUUAAUAUGCUUGACAUUCAAGGUAAAAUAAAAGACAUACUUUCCAAUAAAAUAUAUGGUUGAGUGAAUUAUGAGUCUGAGAGGAGACAAAACCAAGACCAACCAAACAAGGGCAAGUCAGAAGGACCUCUGACUGCAGUGAAUGCAAACAGAAGACCAGAAUUCCUUACUUGUAGAAAAAUCCUCUUGAUUUUCAGCCAGUCUGAUUGGUAGCGUUGUUUAUGAUUUAAUUUGAUCAAAUUAACACCUUGAAUUUUAAAAGUAGUGGUGGUUUUCUCACCCCAUUAGUCCUGCUGGAGGGUUGUUUCUGAAUAACUAAGGAUCUGUGACUAAUUUCCAGGUUGCAUCUAUUAAUUGGCCCUUUCUUGUAGUUUUUUAUAUGCCUGGCCAAUUUCUAUUUGAGCUCAGCUUUGGUUUUCUGUCUGCAUUUCUGUGCAUUGUAGCAGUGCCCAUGUAGUUCUUGACAUGUGUUUAUCUGCAUUUCCAACUGUGGGACACUUCUCUUUUAACAGACUUGGAAGCUCACAGUUAUGCCAAGCUGGUCUCUUGCUCUGUCUACUUCUCUAUCUUUAAAGGAGAUGAACUGUUGUGCUUCCAGGAAGAAAAUUUUAGAAGAACUUCUGGCAUGUGAUAGCUCCUAUAUCCUUCAUGGAAGCUUCCCAUGAAAUCCUUCCCAAUUUAUCUUUGAGAGAGCUGAAAUUGAUCGACAUAUACUUGAGGUGAUCUUCUGCUUGUCAUCUUGUCAGGCAGCUAAGGAGCAUUUGUCUUAAUGUUUUUUUGCAGGUUUUUUUUGGUCUGUGCAAAUAAAAGAGGUAGUUACUCAUUCUCUGCUCUUUCUGGUAUCUAAAGUAGCUCAGUUUGGCCUAGCAUGAGUGUUUCUGUAUAGUGCUGCUCAAAGAGUACAAGCUAUGCUAGUUACGUCAGACAAAAUCUCAUGUUGGACCCAUUGCAUUUUGUGUAAUAAUAUGAUAAGAAAGACUGAGUAAACUAAAUAAUUAAGAGGCUUCACUGAAUGUAAACCCAAAUUCUAAGCCUUGAUCUGCAAAAGGAUGUUUGAUGCUGAAUCUGAUUCCCUACACUGCUGAGCUGUUUGGAUGCUUUGACCAAUAGUGCUGCUGUAUCUUCAGUAUUUUGCUUUGAAUUUGAGUCUGUGGAACUGUCACAUUUCUGCAAAAAGGAUUUGGUUUUGCCAAACUGAAUUUUCCAGAAGACAUGCUAGCCAUCCAGUCUGUGCAGAUGCCUUUUAGAAAGUUAUUAGUAACAAUGUAGCUUAAAUAAAUGGAGACACUUUGAAAAUGUACUUUUACAUUAUUAAAUUCCCAGGAGCUCUAUAGGAAGCAUCUUGCAUCCCAGUGAAAGGCCUAGGUUAAAGCCUAGAAACUUGUGAUUUCAAUUAUUGCUCCUUAAAAGAUUUUGUCAAGUCAGAAUUUAGGAGACUUCACAAUCAUUUCAUUUCCUGACUUCAUUUGAUAUAGUGGGAUUAUACAGCAAUGUAGGUGUGUCCAAGAUUGUAUCUUGAUUGGAUCUUUUAACUGAGAAUAUGAACAUAUUUCCAGAUCUUCAUCUGGUUCUACAGUAAGAGGUUAAAAAUGGUAUAAACUCAAGUAUUAUCAGAUUAAUGAUCCACAGAAGAGAGACUUUUAUUUAGUAUUGAUGCAAACUAUAUGAGGUUCUUGCAGAUGUUGAUUUUCAAUCAGAAGCUGUGAAUUAAAAAGAUCACAAUGCAAGAUGUCACCAUCUCACUUCCCAAUAUUCUCUGGAAGUAGUUACUAGAAACUCUGUUAGCUGACGUUUGCUUGCUUACUCUCCUGAUAUUAGUCAUUAAAAACUGGAUCUUGGGCUAGUUUUUAAGCAGAGGGCAAGAUAAAAAAAAAGGAUUUCUGGAUUUUUUUAAAAUACAUUUUGCUGUCUAACCUUGAGUUAAGAAGUAUCCUCUCUGGCUGGUCUAGUGCCUGUUGAUGACAGCAGAGGAACUGUAAUUCAUUACACUAAAUUUUUAAUAUGGCUUGAUCUCGUAAUAUCUCUGUGUGCAUAAAAUAGAUUUAAUAUUUACCACUUUACUGUGCUCAUUGAUUUCUGUUUUCUCUCAGAUACUUAAGCAUGUACUUGGACACAAAGAUGCAGAAUGGAAAAGAAUUACUGUGGGAACUGGAUUUGGACGUUUUUUUUCUUUAAUCUCACUUUAAUGAAAGCCUAGUGCUGUAUAGAUGGAGCUCAGCAAUUUUCACCUUUGAGAAUCAUGAUAGAAAAGCUUGGAGUAAAUACAUAUGGAGUGAUGUGUCUAUAUACGAUUUACUAAAAGACCAGAUGUCACAGAUGGUUUCCACUUGUGCAGAUUUAUUUGGUAAAUACAUAAAUGUAUAUAUAUAUCUUGUGUGUGUGUAUGUGUGUGUAUGUAUCAUUCUCAGUUCUUCAUUUAAGUGAAAGAUAUCAUAAUCCUACAAAUAAAAAUAAAAAUAAAAAAACCAUAAAAUCAUAAAGUGGCUUGGGUUGGAAGCCAUGGGCAGGGACAUAUCCUUCCACUAGACCAUCCAUCCUGUCCUUGAACACUGUCAGGGAUGGGGCAUCCACAACUUCUCUGGGCAACCUGUUGCAGUGCUUCACCAUCCUGACAGUAUAUCUUCCCCACAAUACCAAUUCUCUUAAUCUUUCUUCAUAAACGUGGGGCUCCAUCCCUCUUAUCAUCUUGUUGUCCCUCCUCAGGACUCACUCCAGCACGUCCUUUUCUUCCUGUGCUGGGGUCACUGCAGGUGGGGUCUCACCAAGUGGAGCAGAGGCCCAGAGUCCCUUCCCUCACCCUGCUGGCCAUGCUGCUUUUGGUGCAGUGCAGGAUACAUUUGGCUUUCUGGGCUGCAAGUUGACAUUGCCAGCCCAGCCUCUCAUCUACCAGCACCUCCAGGUCCUUCCCAUCAGGGCUGUUCUGGAUCUGCUCAUCCCCCAGCCUGGAUUGAUACUGAGGGUUGCCCUGACUCCAGUGCUGCACGUUGCACUUGGUCUUGUAAAACCUCACAAGAUUGCCGUGAGCCCACUUCUUGAGCUUGUCCAUGGCCCUGUGGAUGGUAUCCUGUCUUUCUGGACUGUGCAGUCUAGUCUGGAAAUCUAGUCUUGUAAGAACUGAACUAUUGCAGUCCUUCUACUGCUUCAGAGCCAAGGUGUCAUUGUCAGGUUCAGGAGUAGCCAGCAUAUGUCAAGGUUGGUGGCCUUUCAGAGGAGGAGCUGAGAACUGCUAGCUAUGCAUCUUUCAGAACUAGACAACCUCAUUUCUGUGAAAACUCAAGGUGAAUUAAAAUGAAAUUUCAGUGCAUCUGACUGUCCUAGAAAUGAACAUUGCCAAGAUCUGUCACUAUGGCUCACAUGGAUUGAAUCAAACCUCUGUGAAAAGAUAUGUAAGUUUUUCUUGUAGGGGGAACACAUAGAUGAUAAAUCAAAAUAUCUGAUAAUCCAUAGUCACCAGAGACCAUAACCCUUUUAAGAGCUAUUGCCUUCUGGGGUGCUACUGAAAUGUUUAAAAGUUGAACUAAUAUAUAUAUAUAUUAAAAAAAAAAAAAAAAAAAAAAAAAAAAAAAAAAAAAAAGGUGGGUUUUUUUUUCUGUUGAUAAGCAGGAUCUUCUCAUAGAGGACAUCAUCUAUGUAUCUUGGAGAAUUUAAGUACAUUUUUGCAAUGGGGAAAUCAUUACUAUAUGAUUCCUGAUUUUUUCUUUACAAGCAUCUUCCCUCUCCCAGUAUUUGCAUACAAGUGUUUUUUUUUGUAUCAAAAAAUAUUCUGAUGACAUUCCAGUAUAUUGUAUUAUUCUGUGUUAUGGUUUUCUUUCUCGGCACAAAAUGCAAGCACUAGCUGUUUUUCCAGAAGUCAUCACUGGCCACUCAGCUAGCUCACCUAAGGUAUAUUGGCAGGUUAAAGCUCCUUAGUUGUCUGCCAUAGGCUUAAAGAACUAAAGUGCUCUGUUUUGAUUUUCUGACAACUUUCCCCAAUUUUAUGCUUAUAAAAGUAUAUAGUAUCCGUCCACUUAAGGAAAAGGUAGGUGAGAAUUCAUCGGAAGAU